CCAUUUGAAACAAUUCUAACAUCUUCCAAAUCUGCAGUCUUGUUAUUUUUUUUUUUCCACUUCGUUUUCGCAGAUGGAGGAUCUACCACCACCUCUUGUCGUGGAAAUCCUGAAUCGACUCACCGAUUCCACCGACCUUGCUCGGUGCCGACUCGCCUCCAAAACACUAAACUCCCUCUCACACGAGGUCCGUUCUGUUAACCUCCUAUGCAAUUUGUCUCGCUACCUUAAAUCCCGUUUGCCGGAGACCAAGGCCCACGUCACUCCUUUCAAGGCAAUCUUCAACAACCUUGUCCGCGAAUCUCGAUGUCUUAACUCAGUGUCGAUCGGAGUCGAUAAGUCGCUCAGGGAAAUCUCGUACGAUGACGUGGAUGACGAGUCGGAUGAUUUGUACUUGACCGAUGUGGGGUUUGUGAAGGAGUGGUUGCCGACAAUUUGCGGGGAGCUAAGGAAGUUGUCGAUUUCGGAUUUUUGGAUCCAGUCUUGCUGGAGGAAAUCUGAUGUUUUGAGCUUGAUUUCUUCAUGUUGCAAUAAUCUUAUGGAACUAGAGCUGAAGAAUGCUUGGCUUUCAGUUGAUGGAUUGAAUCCGAUGACUAGGCUUACAAAUUUGACACUUGAGUUUAUUAGGCUUGAGGAUGAGGACCUAAGCAAAAUUAAUGAUUGCUUUCCUUCUCUUCGAGUUCUGAAUUUGGUUGGUGUUGGAGGACUUAAAGAUCCGAAGAUUCAUCUCUUGCAUCUUCAAGCCUGCUUAUGGACAGUCUCAAAUGCUCCGCUUUCUUUGACUAUCUCUGCUCCCAACCUGGUGAGCCUCAGACUGAAAUGUGUUAAGCCAAAAUCACUUGUACUUGAUACCCCAUUGUUGUCUGAUUUCCAUCUUUCAGUUGAGGAGGUGUAUGAUUUUAGAGUGAAAGAGUUUUGUAAUUUGGAAAACUUUCUGCUUGAAUCUUCAAGUCUUUGUAGCCUCCUUGGCAUGUUUACGUCUGGGAAAUCAAUUAAGAAGCUGACAGUGGAUUCUCUCAAAUGGAAUGAAGCUCUUGAAACAAGAAAAUUUGGCUUGGAAGCAUUGUUUGAUGUGUUUCCGAAUGUAAUAUCUCUUAAUUUAGGCCCUGGGGCUUGGUCAGAAGCAGAGAUUUGCUUUCGCAAAGGAGGUUUGAAAGAUAGGAAUGCAAUGAAGGAGUUGACAGAGAUUGUGGCACAUUUAGUUGUGUACGAUAUUGAAGUUACCCUCUCAUUUAUUUACUCUAUCUUGGAUAAAUGCACCAACUUAUCAGACAUGGCAUUACUCCUCCACCCUAAAGAAGAUUCUAGAGCUGCUAGUAGCCUCAUCUCUAUGUGUACAACUUAUGGUCCUAGAGUAAGAUGGAGAUGGGGAAUGUGGAAGGAAGGAUCAAAAGAUACCUGGGUCUCUGUUGGCAUUUAAUUUGGUAAUCCUCCUUUCUUGGAAGGAAAUAGGACUGCUUAAUCUUUUGUACUAUCUGUCUGUUGUUUCUCUGGUUUAACCUUCCCAAUGAAAAGCAAGGCUCUUUUUCAGCAA